AUGGCUACUUUGGCGGCUCUCUUGCCCAACCCCAUACAUGCCCCCACCGUCUCUGACGACGAGGAAGACGAGAUUGUUCAGCAACCACAGGCAGCUGCUCCGUCACUCUCAAUCAUAUCGCGGGGAGUGGUCCCUCCAUACGGCCAGAGAGCAGGAUGGAAGCCAGCAUCGCAGGAUGACUUUGGGGAUGGUGGAUCCUUCCCCGAAUGUCAUGUCGCGCAGUAUCCGUUAGAAAUGGGCAAGAAGAAGGCUUCUUCAGGAAACACACUAGCGUUGCAAGUGGAUAGCGAAGGCAAUGUUCGGUACGAUGCCAUAGCACACCAGGGCCAGAGGGCAGGGAAGAUUGUACAGUCUCAGUUCAAGGAUCUCGUGCCUCUGCAACACCGAAAGGACCUCGACGAUGAGGCUCGCAACAUGGAACGACCUUCGGAGGAUGAAGUUCAAGCUACUGCUGACAAAACACGCGCGGCACUCGAGAAACUGGUGAAUGGUAAAAUAAAGGCCGCUCAGCCCAAGAAUGUUCCGGACGGGCAAGGGAAGACAUCCUUCAUUCGAUAUACCCCUGGUCAACAAAAUGGGUCGCAAGGUCUCAACCAGCGCAUCAUCAAAAUGUCAGAAAUUGUAGAGGAUCCUCUAGAGCCACCGAGGUUCAAGCACAAGAAAAUUCCGAGAGGUCCACCCAGUCCCCCACCGCCCGUCCUUCGUAGCCCUCCGCGCAAAGCGACCGCUGCAGAGCAGAAAGAAUGGAUGAUACCACCGUGUAUAUCUAAUUGGAAGAACAACAAAGGUUUUACUAUUCCUCUUGAUAAGCGUCUUGCUGCAGACGGACGAGGGUUGCAAGAUGUCCAUAUUAAUGAUAACUUCGCCAAAUUCUCUGAGGCUCUUUACAUUGCUGAUCGCCAUGCUCGUGAAGAAGUUCGCCAGCGUGCUUUGAUGCAACAGAAGGUCGCUCAGAAGGAGAAGGAAGCGAAGGAGGAGAAUCUGCGUCUCCUGGCUCAGCGCGCGCGUGAGGAGAGAGGCGGCAUUGCUCCCAAACCCACUGCCGCCAGCCGCGCUGCGAUGACGUCUAAACUUGCAGAUUACGGUAGCGACAGUGGCAGCGGCAGCGGCUCGGAGGCAGGUUCGGAUGAUGACGCAGAGGACGAGGAUGCAAGGAAGAUUCGCGACCAAAUGAGGCAAGAAAAGAGGAGAGAGCGCGAACGCGAGAUGAGGAUGAACAACAUGGGAACAGAGCAACGCGCGAAGAUGCUUGCACGACAACAAAAUCGAGACAUCUCAGAGAAGAUUGCUCUGGGCUUGGCGAAGCCCACGACGUCAAAGGAGUCAAUGUUAGAUUCGAGGUUGUUCAACCAGGAAUCGCUAUCGGGUAACUUUGCGGACGAGGAGUCGUAUAAUCUCUACGACAAGCCGCUGUUCCAUGGCUCUACUGCUGCCGCCGCCAUCUACAAAGCGAGAGGCAAUAUAGAAGAAGGAAACGAGGAGUCCUUCGGUGGCGGAACCGAUGAAGGGAUCGGAAAGGCUCUUGACAAUGAUCGCUUUGGACUCGGGCGGGCGAAGGUUGGCUUCGAGGGUGCCAACGAUCAAGAGGUCCGGGAGGGUCCCGUGCAGUUCGAGAAAGACACAGGUGAUGUCUUCGGUUUGGACCAAUUUUUGGACGAGGCGAAGAGUGGUAAGAAACGGGGGCUUGAUACCGAAGUGGGAAACUCACGCAAACGGCGGCAGUUGGAGAAUGCUGAGAAAGAUUGA